AUGGAGCUUGACGCCAGUAACUUUAGUCAUACUCCUCUGAAAACUCCUACUGCAGGGCCUACCCCCACCUCUCCAGGCCGUAACCCAGUGAGUUGCCAAGGUAACCAGGUGCACGUGGGAGGCCAUAACUGCUCCUGUGCUGUAGGCUACACUCAGACUGAGGCUUCAGAGUGUCAGGAUAUUGAUGAAUGUGAGUGGGCAGACCCGGGACCAUGUGGGAUUCACAGCAACUGUACAAAUACCCCAGGCUCAUUCAUGUGUAGCUGUCUCCGUGGUUACCUGGGGAGUUCUGGGGGUUGUCAAGAUAUAGAUGAGUGUUCAUUAGCUGCCAUAACUGGUCUGCAAGCAUGUGGGAAAGGAGCGGAGUGUAAGAAUAGCCCCGGUUCCUUCUCCUGCCACUGUCCAACUGGAUUUGUCCUGGCACUUAAUGGACGCGACUGUGUUGAUGUUGAUGAGUGUAGCUACGAGGAGAGCUGUAGGAGGGAGCUUGGGAAUGUGUGUGUGAACAAAAUGGGCAGCUACAAAUGUGUGUGUCAGACGGGCUUCAGAGAAGAUAAGGCAGCCUGUAUUGAUGUGGAUGAGUGUGUCCAGCUGGAAGGUGUGUGCACUGAUCGAGGGGAGUGUGAGAACACUUUAGGGAGCUACAAGUGUGUGUGUUCGCGGGGAUACCAUGGUAACGGGACCCACUGCACAGAUGUGAAUGAGUGUGUGUUGGGUGUGCACAGCUGUGAUGCUAACGCCCGCUGCGGUAACAUCCCAGGCUCAUACUUUUGCCAGUGCCAGCAGGGCUACAGCGGAGACGGGCACUCCUGCUAUGAUGUUGACGAGUGCGCGGUGGGUGGCGGCCCUUGCGAGCAUGGCUGCAUCAACCUUCCCGGUGCGUAUCGCUGUGUGUGCAACAUUGGAUACACACUGACUGAGGACCUGCACAAUUGUACAGAUGUGGAGGAGUGUGUGAGCAGUAAUGGGACUUGUGAGCAGCUCUGCACCAACACUCUGGGCUCCUUCCUCUGCUCCUGCCAUCAAGGAUAUCAGCUGCACAUCGACAAGCACAGCUGUGUUGACAUUGAUGAGUGUAAGCUGCAGAAUGGGGGCUGUUCUCAUGGCUGCACAAACACACCAGGAGGACACACAUGCCACUGCUUUCCUCCUCUACUGCUGGACCACCUCAACACCACUUGUAUCAAUGUUACCUCGUGUGCUUUGCGGAAUGGGGGCUGUGAUCAUUCCUGCUCCCUGGGAGCUGACGGACGGCUGCGGUGCAGCUGCAGGGCCGGUUGGAUGCUGGCUGCUGACCGGAGAACCUGCCUGGAUGUGGAUGAGUGUGUGAGUUACAAUGCAGGAUGUGAGCAAGUGUGUGUAAAUCAUGCUGGUAGCUUUAACUGCGCCUGCAGGUCUGGGUUUGAACCACGCACAGACGAGCCCACCAGAUGCCAGCCGGUGUGUGAACCUCCCUGCCAGAAUUACGGCGUGUGUGUCGCUCCUAACACCUGUGACUGUCCUGCUGGCUACCCAGGGCCUGGAUGCUUAGCUAUGUGCUCUCCACCUUGUGCUCACGGAGGGACCUGCUUGCGCUGGAACACUUGUCUUUGUCCACCCGGCUGGACUGGAGAAGGUUGCCACACAGCCAUGUGCGAGCUGCCCUGUGGGAACGGAGGUCGUUGUGUAGCGCCACACACCUGCCAGUGUCCCUCUGACUACACUGGCCCACAAUGCCUCUCCCCUCUCUGCACACCCCCAUGUCUGAAUGGCGGGAGAUGUGUGGACAUCAACACCUGCAUCUGCUCAGGAGAUUGGCAAGGAGCUCGCUGUCAGAUAGAACCUGUGCAGUGUGUCAAGCCCUGUAAGAAUGGUGGAGUGUGUGUGGGACAUGGCAGGUGUCAUUGCACCAGUGGCUUCAUGGGGACACUUUGUGAAACCGCUGUCACUACACCCUGCAUGCCACCCUGCCAGCAUGGUGCCACAUGUAGCCCUCACAACACCUGCACCUGUCCCCCAGGCACCAUUGGGCUGCACUGUGAGAAACUGACGUGUCCGGUUGUGACCACGGUGGUGAGCAUGGCCCGGGCAGUGCGUAAGGGGGUCCGGGAGAGUUACGCUGAUCGCUGUGGACCUCUAGGGGUGCAGAUCUGCACAAAGUACAGGAUAAACCAAGUACGUGUGUAUCUACAAGCUUACAGAGUGGGAUACAAGAUCCAGUGUAGCAGCAAGUCAUGAAAAUGGUACACACUGUCCCUACCAACUCCCCAACAUGCACACAUACAUUUCGUCCUUUAAGGACCCCUGCCUACCUACACACAGACAGAUAGUAAUACACAUGACGCUAAUAAAUGUCGUUUUAUGAUUGUCUUAUAUUUUAUUGUGCAUACACAUACAUGUACAGUUUUAUGUAAUGUCUCGUAUUUCUUUUAAUGUACAUAUACACAC